AGUCAAGAGCAGAGCUGAGGGAUGCUGAUGAAGAUCAAACAGACUCUUUGUAGAACCUCCUGCUUGGUGACUCUGCUGGUGGAGCUCAGCUGGAUCAAUGGGAGCCUCGGCCUGCACAGAGAGGGAGGAAGUAGAGUAAUGAAGCAAUGGGAAAGGAAGGUUCGCUCAGCCUCCAGCCUUGAUGAGUUACUCAGACUCGCAGACUUCCCCGACUGGAAGUUGUGGAAGUGUCGCAUGAGACUGCAGCAGUCUGAGACUCUAUUCUCACCACCUUCGGCGGGCUCCCACCGCUCCACCCGUUACGCUGCAGAGUCUUACAGCCUGGAGAUACUGAAAGCCAUAGAUGAGGAGUGGCAGAGGACACAGUGCAUGCCCAGAGAGACUUGUGUGGAUGUGGCCAAAGAGCUGGGAACGGACCCAUCUAUGUUCUUCAAGCCACCUUGUGUAUCUGUUCACAGAUGCAGUGGCUGUUGCAAUCAAGAAGGUGUCACGUGCAGAAAUACAAGUACAGUACUGGUCAAUAAAACUGUCCUUAGUAUAAUUCCAUUCAAGUUUGUACCAGAGCCAGUGCUGAUAAAGGUCGCUAAUCAUACAGAAUGCAGAUGCAUGGAGCCGGCCAUUAUACGGCGUAACGCUCAGCCUCAAAGUAGCAGUGGCUGUUCCCUGAUUGGACAGCUGUCAGAGGCAGAGGAUUCCAGGAGACUUUGUGUCAGUGGGUGGAUUUGGGAUUGUGCAAGUGACAGAUGUAUACCUUACCCCUCCAGUAGACCAGAGCUUCCAAUGACUUCAUGGAUGCCCGACUGUGAGAUUGAUGUGGAUCACUGUGACUGUAUUGCAAUACCUGAGCCAACUCCCCAGCAAAGACCCAUCCAGCUCUGUCAUCUUAACAGUUCUAUCUGUGCACAUCGACGUCAACAUUUUGACUCUGCAUCCUGCAGAUGCAAGUGGCCCAAGUAGCAGCCCACUGGCAGAAUGAAUUAGGACAACCUGCACGCCAAUAUUUUUGGAAGCAGAGAAUAGAGGCUCAUAAUUUAUUUACAGUACUAUUUAUGUUAAUCACAACAAUUAAUUAAGAUUAUAUUAACUCAGAGGACCAUGUUAAUUGAUUUUUUUAACAUGUUGAUUUUAUAUUCCAAUCAAUGUACAGUUGUUCUUUGUGCACUGAAUAUUUAGAUUAUUAAAAGAUUAUUUUUGUAAUUUAAGUUGGUAUCGUGGCUUUCGCUCAAUUUUCACUUGGCAUAUCAAAAAAUAACAACAUAAAAUAUUGUAAACCUCUUGUAAUUCACAACAAGCUGAACAUUUUGCAA